AUGACACAUGGAGGAGGCAUAACUAUAAGCAAUUCUUUACAAGAUACAGAAGCUGAAAUUUUCAUGGUUGGCCAACCCUUCAAAAAUGCACAAGAAUUCAAGGAUUCAUUGUGCGACUUAGCCAUCAACUGCAAUUUCAACUUCAGGUUCAUAGAAAAUGAUAAAGAUAGAGUUACUGUCACAUGUGCUGCUGAGUUAUGUCAAUGGCGUGUCCACGCCUCAAGAGAUAGCAACCUCCCAACAUUUAGAAUCAAAACAACCCAAAAUAGUCAUACAUGUGGUGGGGGUAUCGGCACAACAUCUCAUCCGAGGGCUUCUAAAAAAUGGGUUAGCAGGCAAGUAAUGAGGAAAUUGCGAGAUCGUCCUCUAUACCGGGCUGUAGACAUACAACGUGAUAUAUUGUGUGACCAUGGUGUCCGGCUACCAUACAAACAAGCAUGGAUGGGUAAAGAGGUGGCAAAGGGAAUUCUCCAUGGAAGCGACGUUGCAAGUUAUGAUCUGUUGAUAUGGUAUGCAAGUAAGGUUUCCGAAACCAACCCAGGUAGCAUCGUUAUCAUUGAGAAGGAUGGAGAACGCUUUAAGCGUGGUUUUUUUUGCUUUCAUGCAUGUCUUCAAGGUUUUAAGCGUGGUUGUAGACCCAUGCUAUUCCUCGAUGGCAACCAUUUGCUAGGUAAAUAUGGUGGCAUCCUACUAGGCGCAACUGCAAAGGAUGGUAAUGAAGGUAUAUUUCAUCUAGCUUUUACUAUUGUUGAUAAUGAAACUAACGAUAACUGGACAUGGUUCAUUUCCACUCUGUGUGAUGCAAUAUAUGGUGAAGAUGACUACCACAAAAUCAUUACAUUCAUUUCAGACCGUUCUAAGGGACUUGUUAAUGCCAUUGCCAAAGUCUUCCCCUCUACCUCACAUGGCUACUGUUUGUGA